AGAGAAUCAGAAAGGGUAGAUGGACGCAAUAGCGAUCCCCACAAAAAAAGGUAGUGGGAAAAAAGUUCUUUUUGUAUGCGAUGAUGGUGAUGAUGAUGCCUGCAAUCUCCUACACCAACAACGCUCGUCUCGUUUCUCUCUCUCUCUCUCUCUUUUCUUCUUGCUUUCCUCUCUUUUUUAUUUCCUUUCUUUCCAUGGCCAAUCUCUUCUUCUUCUCCUUGUUCUUUUCAUGCGAUUAUUGUAACAUCCCUUGAGAAAUAUAGGAGUCCUUUAUUUUUUAUUUUUUUAAGUACUGACCAACUAACACUUUCUCUUCCUAAUUGUUCUCCAUGGAUGACAACAACUGUGGCUGUUGGGCUGUCUUGAAACGCGGCGUUUGCAAGUCCUCCUCUUCUCGUGACUCUGCUAGCACAAUUCCUCGUACAAGUCUUGUUUAUGAUGCUGCUACUGAGACAAGAUAUCUAAAUGCUAGUAAUAGAGAGCUGUGCCCUCCAAAUGAAGCUCAUCUUUCAUCUGAUAAUCCUGAUCCACUAACAUCAGAUAACAAAUCUCCAUGCCAGCUUCUCCAAUUUACUUUUCAGGAGCUAAAAUCUGCAACAGGAAACUUUAGACCUGACAGCAUUCUUGGUGAAGGUGGUUUUGGCUAUGUCUUCAAGGGGUGGAUAGAGGAAAAUGGGACAGCACCGGCGAAACCAGGUUCAGGGAUUACAGUUGCUGUCAAGAGUUUGAAGCCAGAUGGUCUUCAAGGCCAUAGAGAAUGGGUGGCUGAGGUUGAUUUCCUAGGACAACUUCAUCAUCCAAAUCUUGUUAAACUUAUUGGUUACUGCAUUGAAGAUGAUCAACGGCUGCUUGUAUAUGAAUUUAUGACCCGAGGAAGUCUUGAAAACCAUCUUUUUAGAAGGACAAUACCUCUUCCAUGGACAAAUAGGAUUAAGAUUGCACUUGGAGCAGCAAAAGGAUUGGCCUUUCUCCAUGGUGGUCCAGAACCAGUCAUUUAUAGAGAUUUUAAAACAUCCAACAUUUUACUUGAUUCGGAAUAUAACGCAAAGCUUUCAGAUUUUGGUCUAGCAAAGGCUGGUCCUCAAGGAGACAAAACACAUGUUUCUACUAGGGUUGUUGGAACCUAUGGCUAUGCUGCACCAGAGUAUGUUAUGACAGGACACUUGACAUCUAAGAGUGAUGUCUACAGCUUUGGUGUUGUAUUACUUGAGAUUUUGACAGGCCGAAGAUCAAUGGACAAGAAGCGUCCUAGUGGAGAGCAGAAUCUUGUUGCUUGGGCUCGGCCAUAUUUAGCUGACAAGAGAAAACUUUACCAACUGGUGGAUCCCCGCUUGGAGCUGAAUUAUUCUCUUAAAGGGGUGCAGAAAGUUUCUCAAUUAGCAUACAGCUGCCUCCAUAGGGACCCAAAAUCCCGUCCUACUAUGGAUGAAGUAGUGAAAGUUCUCACUCCAUUGCAAGAUCUUAACGAUCUUGCUAUCUUAUCCUAUCACUCUCGUCUAUCUCAACAAGGGAGACGUAAGCAGAGGCUGGAGGGAUCUCAUCAAGUCUCCAAUGCUCAAUCCAAAAGCAUCAGAGAUUCUCCUUUGAAUACUGGCAAACAGAGGUGUAGAUGAUCCAUAGUCAAUUGGCUCAACUAUCAAAUCAAACAGACGUUGGGAUGCCACUGUUGUAUCUGCGAUUGUGUGAAGACAAUAUUUCAGGCUUGUUGUAUAAUUUUGGGGAUCUGGAAUUUGCUAGAGACAGAAGGACUGGAGGAGGUAAACCAAUUUCCUUUUCUUCAAAACCUUACACUAAAGGGCUAACCAUGAAUGUGAGAUCAUUCCUUGCGAUCUUAGUAUUGUAAUUGAGAUAUCUCUUGUAAUUAGAUCAAACCUCAUAUUUCCAAGAUUGCAUUUGCAGCUACCUGAAUGUCAAUUUCUCUCAGUUAUGGAAUUUGCUGUAUGUUUUUCCAUUGACACAAUGCUUUGC